AGAUUUGAAGCUGCUGCUGAAAAAGUUAAAACUCUAACGAAAAAACCAACAGAUAGCGAAUUAUUAGAUUUAUAUGCUCUUUUCAAACAAGGUUCAAUCGGUGAUAAUGAAACCAGCAAACCGAGUUUUUUGGACAUGAAAGGAAAAUAUAAAUGGGAAGCAUGGACAAAAGUCAAAGGAAAAACACAGGAUGAAGCAAAAGAUGAAUAUAUAAAAUUGGUCGAUGAUUUAUUUACAAAAUACAGUUAA